CCUCUGCCCAGCCCUGACCUGAGCCUCAGCCUGUCCAAAUAGACAGAGCAUCCAAUCAGACAGCAGCCAAAGCAUCCACAGGAUACAGAAAUACAGAAUGACAGCCAUGCCCGUGGUGUGGUGCACCGAUCCCAAUUCGGUGAACAACAAGCCCACGGCCUUCGCCCUGCACGGCAUCCAGCUGCAGGGGAACGUGACCGAGAAGCAGGUGCACGCCCUGCGCGAGCUGGUGAACGCCGCCGCCGAGGGGCGCCUCAUCCUGCCCUCGGACGGCACAUUUACGCUCCUCGACAGCGGCCUGAGCAUCGAGAGCUCGAUAGUGGCCGGGGGACUGAAGCAGGAGAGCGCCGCCCCCAGUCCCAGCGAGUGCCCAGAGUCGCAUCCACCCAAGAACGCCAAGAACACGUACAUCCUGAUGCCCGUGAGCAAGGCAUCGCCGACGUCGACGACGACGGGUACGAUGGGAUCCGUAGCGGGACAGCCCGAGGCCAUUGCUGCGGCGGCGGCCCAGCUGGAAUUCCUGCUGGAGCCGAAGUACUCGCCCUCGCCGCCUGCCUCCUCCGAUUCGGCCAUGGAGGCGUCGGGGGGUGUGGCAGCCACCAGUGGCGAGAUUCUGUACGAGUUCCUCUGCUGCGCCAAGUGCAUGAACGAGCAGCGGACGGGGCAGAGCGGCACCUGCAACGGACGCCGUCUGCAGCGGUAUCUGCGCAGCUGCCGAGGUACUGCCGGGGGCAACAACAGCGACUACGAGCCGGUCAAUGACCCGGCGGGGACGUGGCAGCUGCAGCUGGAUCCUGUCUGCAGCAUUGCCAGCAGGUACGCCCGCCGCCAGCACCGCCUGCACCACCAGCAGCACAGGCACCGGCCGCAUGGGACCGUCACGACGGGGAUAGCACGUAAUCGGCCCAAUCGCCACCACAAAUUACCGAUUCACAGUGUUAAAAUCUUUCAUAAUCGCAGCAGUUGCACGCCAGCCCCAGCCACUGCCAUUGCCCCUCUGGGAGCAUGCAAUGUUGUGGGCGGGGGCCAAGAGGUGUCACCAAUGGCGAUGCCCAGCCCGAGUCGCAGCCCCAGUCGCAGUCGCAGUGCCAGCCAUAGUUCCAAGCCAGCGACUAGAGCGAGCGACGGCAAUGAAGCGUUUAGUUUGUCACCGACAGCGGCGCGAUCUACAUCGCUGACAGAAGCAGCAGCAGCAGCAGUCACACUGCCCCUCUACGCAGUGGUUAACAAGAAUCGCGAAUUGUCGAUAGUCGUCUGCGACAAAACGGGCGGGGAAAUGCCCACUGUGCUGGACGUUGUGCCCGAGGAGGCUCCUCUGCGCCCCUCUGCGGUUGUGCGCGAUUUAAUCAGCUUCGAUGACGACCAGCAGCAGGAGCAGGAGCAGGCGGUGGCAGGAGCAGGCAGGCAGGGUGCAGAGUGUGAUGGCCACAAUGUGGAUCUGCUGUGUGCCCCGAACGAGGAGGAUGUCCUGCUCGCACUGCUCGUGACGCCACCGCCCACGCCGCCCAAGCCGGGCUCGCCCGUCAGCCACAACUCGAGCCGCAAGACCAGCUUCGACUCGACCAGCACCAUCAGCUCCAUGGACUCGGGCUUCAUGGAGAUGCAGAACAAGUUGGAUGCCCUGGCAGCAGCAGCAGCAGCAGCGGCAGCGGCGGCAGCCGGAACAUCUGCCACGGUGGCAGCAUCGUCGAGUGGCGAGAAGAUUGCUCGUCGCAACUACAAGGAAUGCCUGACGCAGUCGCGGAAUCGUCGCAAAUCCUACGAGGAGUUCAAAGCCAUGUUUGUUGAACCUGCAGCAGCAGCGGCAGCGGCGGCAUCGGAAGCCGCAGCCACAUUGCCAUUGUCCAUGCCCCAAGCAUCAUCGAUGGUUUCGGCGGCAGAUGACGCAACAGCAACGUCCAGCAGCAGCAGCAGCAGCAACAGCAACACUGUGAUCCCAGCAACAGCAACAACAACAGCAACACCGCUUGCCUCCAUUUCAGAACAAGAAACCACAAGCGAGAGAGGCAAACCGGAUUGCGCAAACAAGUUUGCCACCAGCGACGCUGUCCCAGGCCCAGACCCAGGCCCCAGAUCCCCGUUGGCCCCCGAUGAAAUGGAUACCGGCGAUGGCGAAUGUGAGGGCGCUGCCGAUGGGUGUCUAACAGCAACAAAAACCACAGCAGCAACAGCGACGACAGUAAACAGCACCACCACAGAGGCAAUGCGAAAGAAUUCGGAUUUUCUAUCGCAGAUUCUCGAUCAUCAGUUUGCGGCCAAGGAGCGGGCCAAGGCGCACAAGCGGCGCACAUCGUACGAGGAAUUCAAGCGGCUGGUUAGCGAAAUCGAGCCCCUGGAAUGUCUGGACACAGUGGCAGUGGACGCCACACCCACACCCACAUGCCCAGCAACAGCAGCAGCCACAGCAGCCGUGGGGCUGGUAUCAGCAACAACAACCAUAACCACGUCACCGCUGAAGCGACAGAACUCGAGGCAGCGCAAGAGCUUUGCCAGCUACUUUCUGCCCCGCCGGCACUCGACCAAAGAGCCCAAGAAGUCUGGCGACAAGGAGAACAGCGGCAGGGAGCUAAAUGUGUCCCCAACGGGAGAGGGCGAGGGCAAGGGCAAGGACAAGCAGCUGCAGACGUACGCUGCCAAGCUGCCGCCGGGCAACUCCAGCUCCAACUGCGACUCCAACUACAGGAGGAACUUCAAGAUCUACGACAAGCUGGUCUAUGGCACCAUCUACGACAUCAUCCAGCGGAAGAACGACAUCUACCAGCUGACGUACCAGAAGUACGACAAGUACAUGACCUACGGCACCAUCUACGAGAUCCUGCACCGCAAGUCCUCGCAGGACGGCGGCUGCUCCCUCGACGGCGGCGGCGGCAGCAGCAGCAGCGACAGAUGGCAGCGCAAGAGCCUCAGCUCCAUACUGGAGAGCAAGUCGAGCGACGUCAUCUACGACAUCAUCCAGAAGAGGGAGCGCGAGAAGCAGCGCCAGCAGCGGGCCCUGGACACCGCCUCGGCCUCCUCCACUGUCCAGUCCGGCCUCAGUGCGCACAAGUACGGAACCAUCUACGACAUUCUGCAGGGCGCGAAGCUGGAUGCCAGCGAUGCAGUGGACAGCAACAGCAGCAGCAGCAGGCGACCAGUGGCCGCCAAGCCAACGCGCUUCGUGGUCAGCCAUGUGGUGGAGCAGCCCCAGAAGCAGGAGCCAGAGCCGGCCGAGAGCCAAGAGACUCCUCCCAGCACAGAGAGCGGGGAAGGGAAGCCGGCACCGGCCAGCAAGCCCAAGAAAAUGCGGCGCCUAUCCAACAUCCUCAGCAGGAGGCAGGAGGAGCCAGAAGGCGCGCCUGUGCUCCACCACGAGGAGUCCAAGCAGAAGCGCAGCCAGGCCAAGCGGAGGAUUGGGGUGACGAAUCUGCUGCUGCCCCUGGACUCCGAGGAGCUGUACACGCGCAUCAUUGCCCAGCAGAGGCGCGAGCACAGAGCCCAUCUGCAGAGCGACAGCGAGACGGAGACCAGGACGGGCAGCUCCCUGAUGAAGAGCAGCUCCCUGGAUGCCAUAUCUCUGUCGGUGGCCUGCUCCCCGCCGGCCACCGCCAACCAUACGCCCUCCCCGUCGCCGCCCCGUCCUCGCCGCAGCCUCAAGCAGCACCGGUGCCUGCAGCGCGGACAGGAGCAGCAGCGCCAGAGGCACCAGCUGGCGCUGGUGAAGAAGCACUCCCUGGACAACUGUCUGCAGGCAGCAGCAGGCGCUGGAGCGGAGACACAGCACAGGCAGCCACUGCGCCGCUGGUCCAACCAGAGCCCGCUCCGGUGCACCUGCCUUGCCCUCGAGGAGGAUCUGCCCAGCCACCAGUGCACUUGCCCGCUUCCGCUGACUGCCAUUGAGAAGUCGCGAUCGCUGCCCGUCGCCGUAGGCGGUGUCUGUGUCUGUGUCUGUGCCUGUGCCUGUGCCUCCUCCUCUGCCCUCCACUCCUCCCCGCAUACGUGUGCAAACUUAAACUGCGAUCGAAUCCCACAAACAACGACAAAAUCAUCAACGACGGCGACGACAACGGCAACGGCCAAGAAAGGCAAAUCGCGUCGACUUUCGGAAUUUACGCGCGGUGAAUUUUUAAAUGAAAAAUCCUGGUACUUCCGCAAAAUCAAACGCAUUGAGGCUGAGAAAAAACUUCUACUGCCAGAGAACGAGCACGGCGCAUUUUUAAUUCGUGAUUCCGAGAGCCGACACAACGACUAUUCGCUAUCAGUGCGCGAUGGCGAUACGGUCAAGCAUUAUCGCAUCAGACAAUUGGACGAGGGCGGCUUCUUCAUUGCCAGACGCACAACAUUCAGAACUCUGCAGGAGCUGGUCGAACACUAUUCCAAGGAUUCGGAUGGCCUGUGCGUCAACCUCUGCAAGCCCUGUGUACAGACAAAUACCUUUUCGGGUGUCUUUGAGAUCGAGAAACCAGUCACCGAAGGCCUCUCGCAUCGAACACGCGACCAGUGGGAGAUCGACAGAACGUCCCUCAAAUUUGUACGCAAACUGGGAUCCGGCCAGUUCGGCGAUGUUUGGGAGGGACAGUGGAACAACACAACACCCGUGGCCAUUAAAACUCUGAAAUCGGGCACAAUGGAUCCCAAGGACUUCUUAGCCGAAGCCCAGAUCAUGAAGAAGCUGCGCCAUACCAAGCUCAUACAGCUGUACGCUGUCUGCACGGUGGAGGAGCCCAUCUACAUUAUCACAGAGUUGAUGAAGCACGGUUCACUGCUGGAAUAUCUGCAAGCCAUUGCAGGCAAAGGUCGUAGCCUCAAAAUGCAGACGCUCAUCGAUAUGGCCGCACAAAUAGCAGCUGGCAUGGCCUACCUAGAGUCCCAGAACUACAUCCACAGAGACUUGGCGGCGCGCAACGUCCUCGUUGGUGAUGGCAACAUUGUGAAGAUAGCCGACUUCGGUUUGGCCAGGCUCAUCAAGGAGGACGAGUACGAGGCGCGAGUUGGCGCCCGCUUCCCCAUCAAAUGGACAGCGCCCGAGGCGGCCAACUACAGUAAAUUCUCAAUCAAAUCUGAUGUCUGGAGCUUUGGUAUUCUCCUCACUGAGCUGGUCACUUACGGACGCAUACCAUAUCCGGGUAUGACUAAUGCGGAGGUGUUAACCCAGGUGGAGCACGGCUAUCGCAUGCCCCUGCCACCCAACUGCGAGCCGCGCCUGUACGAGAUCAUGCUCGAGUGCUGGCACAAGGAUCCCAUGCGCAGACCCACAUUCGAGACGCUCCAAUGGAAGCUCGAGGACUUCUACACCUCCGAUCAGAGCGACUACAAGGAGGCGCAGGCUUACUGAUAAAUGCUUCAUGCGACCACGGACGCGGACAGCAGCCGUGGCGAGGAGCAACAUUGAGGAGCUGCAAAUGGUCGCCGGGAAUCCCACAACGGACAAUUCAAAUUAAGUUACUUACUUCAGUUUUGCACAGAUUUUUUUAUUGCUGUUCACUGCGACCAUGGUACCCAUGGAACCCAUGGAACCCAUGGAACAUAUGGGGCUCAUGGUCAGGGGCAUGUCUUGGUAACUCCAUACCAUACGAUUCAUGUUAUUAGCGUUUAAGCUAACAAAUAGUUGUUAAGCCGAAAAGUGAAUGCGAAUGCAAGUGCAAGUGCACGUGCACGUGUAGUUUUAAUUUGUAUGUGCGAGUGUUUUUUUUUUGGUGGAAUGCAAUUUCAAAGAAUGUUUUGUUCAUUUUUUGUUGUUGUUUAUAUAUGACAAGCAUAUGGAUAGAUUUGUUUGGGCGCAUUUGUCGUAUUUGCCGAUAAAUAUAUCAAAUGUAUUAUUAUUCAUAUAAAGCUAUAUACAUACAAACACUCAUACGUGCAUGCACACUCACACACAACACAUCUAUAUAAAUAUAUAUAUAUAUACAUAUAUACAUAUAUACAUGCAUACAUACAACCGUAUAGUCAGAGUUAUUCAUAGGAUCCUCCUUUUAUAUUCUAUUAUCAUCAACUUACCCCUGUUCUUCUUUAGUUUAUAGGCCAAUCUGAAAUCUGAAAACGAUAUUUGCAGCAUACAAAUAUAUGAAACGGUUUUGCUUUUAGUUAAUAUCCAUUACGUACGUGUCUUACCUCCUUCUCCUCCCCCAACAAACACGCAACAUUAUCAACGACAUUAUACAUAUAUGUAUGCUUUAUCACAAAAACAAAUAAAAAUAAAAACUAAAAAUUAAAAAUAAUUAAAGAAAGCACCACAAACGCCAAUCGUCAUCAAGUGCUAGCGUACGCUACUUUGCUGUAUGCGACAGCUGAAAUCCAUAUGAGUAACGAUCUAGAGUUUAAUUGUAAUUGUAAUCAUUUAAUUAUACUAUAUUUAUAAUGAAAACACACAAACAAACGCAUACACAUAUACGAGUAAAUGUACAUUUAGAGCAAAAAAACCAUUAAAAUAAAAUUUCUUCAUAAUUUAUAAACUAUAAAUCAAGGCAAAAUCAUUUAUAUUGCAUUCGAAUCGCCGCACUGUAGUCUAAGUCUAAGUCACUCUUUAUCUUUUCUUUGUUUGCAUUUUGAUUUGGUGAGUAUUUUAGUUUCCGGCGCGUAUGUAGGGAUAUGCUAGAGUUCUGCGAAAAACAAAACAACAAAAAAAACGCUUCUUAAAUUAAUUCUAUGCCUAAUCUACGUACACAAAAACCGGAAGAGCGCAUGAAUCGAAGGCUGAUUUUACAAAUGUAUUCUAACCUUAGUAUGAGUUCUUAUGUAGUCUGUAUUAUAUGUACUCUCUAAUCUGUCUUUGAAUCUUGUACGAGUACUGUGCUGCACAAAAAUGUACGUAUAGUACAUGUUUUCAACAUGCAGAGGCCGUAUAUGCCACACAAGCAACUUUAAUCAAAACAUACCGAGUUCAGCGAACUCCUCAAUUUAUUUAUCCAAUUUGGUGAAGUGAACCAGAUAACAUAAGAACGGAUUGCUUGCACUUUCCAACUUAACGAAUGUCAUAUUGAAUAUGUAAAAAAGUAUGUACUACUAUAUAGAGAGAGAGAGAGAGCAUUCAUUGUAAGAGUCAUGUAUAACGAACGAUUCGAUCUUAUAUUAUCCAAUCCAAUGCAAUCCAAAAGUAGAUUGUAAGAAUAUACGCAAAGCUCUCAUUUAAUGAUAAACAUACGUACAUACAUACAUGCAUACAUAACAUAUAAAUAUAUACAUAUGUAUGAAUAAAGUAAAA